AUGCCAUCUAAACCUGAGCCAAGAGUUGGAGGAUCCAAGUUCUCUAAUUUUUUCGUUCCACUGAAGACAUACAACGUCGACAAUUUCUUUAUGGAUUUACCAGCUUCUAAGUGGUCGCUGGGGAUCUAUAUCAAUAGAAUAAUCGAAGGUCCAGACAGUGAUCUCACCUUCGAUCAACUACUCACCAGUUUCAUAGAAAGCCCCGAAAAUAUAAACAAAAUACUUUCCAUUCCAUUAUCAAUACGAGGGUUUUGUGCUAAUUAUGUAAAAUGGUUAAAGUCGUUGUGUGGAAAGGCCAUUAUACAGUCGUGUCGGGAAUUUUUUGAUGCAAAAAUGAAUCUUGAAAAAAAGAAAAUCAUUAAUUCUGUGGUUAAGGAAUCGGUUAAUGUUGUUGCACAUACAAACGGUCUCCGGACUUUUUUACAACCUUCUGUCUCAUCGGGAACAGAGGCACCACAACCAAUUCCUUCCGAAAUACAAGAAAAUACCUAUUAUGCUCCAAGUGAUAACGAUGAUAACAAAGAUACAACUGAUGAUGAAAAUAUUUCUGACAAUAAAUCAACUUACAUAAAAGAUCCUGAUUAUUUUGACAGUCUUGUUAAUAAUGUAAAUUUAUCUUACAUUGGAAGAGAAGAAGAACCAAUAACAGCAUCAUCAACAUCUACAAUUCCAAUAGUCACUACCUGGGACUCUUUUAUAAUAGAUAAUUUUGACAUUUUGAAAGUUUUUAAUUGUUUACGUAAUUCGUUACCCAAAAAGAGCCCUGAAGUCCACCCACAAUAUUGGGGCGUACUGGAUUUAACGGGACAACACAGGCCAACAAAAAAAAAAUUAAUUAAAAAAUGGAACGAACUUGUAAAUAAUUUUAAAUCAGACAUUGCAUGGAGUAUGGUUGAACUUGAACAGUUCGAAACAAACUUUUUUGACAAUAUUGAGGAUCCUGAUGCACAAAAAAGGGUACCAAUAUUACAUGCGCACAUGACAAUACUAAAAGCAUACCUUGAGCAUCUUAAAUUGCCGAUUAAUGAAGGGGAGCUCAUGAUUCACUUUGUUGCCCCUGCUUUUAGACAACAAUUAGUAGCUAGUCAAGAAAGACGUAGAGUUGACCAAGAUCCUAAUGAUGAUCAUGCUCGUAUGGGUCAGAGAACGGAUUUAACUAUUACUUUGCCAACAGGACCAGCCUUAGAAGGUUUUAUAUGCGAAGUUUCAGGUGGACUUCCAGCAGGAUGUCCUAAGAAAAUUUGGACCGACAAAUUAAAAAUAAUGGUUGGAAUGCGUGAUAUGAUCAAUCGAAUAAUAAAGACGUUUCCUGGGUUAUUACCUGAAGACUAUAUGAAAAUUGUCGUAUUUGGAUGUCAAGUAAUAGGGUUGCAGAUCAACCUUUAUGCAAUGGAUGUUCGGGCAUAUGGAAUAUAUCGGUUCGGGAUGAUAGAUAAAGUGUUUUUGCCUGCAUCAACUCAAGAGCUAUCUGCAUAUGAAUCAGUUCAUGUGAUGUUGCGUUCCUUAGAGACAUUAGAGCAAUAUCCCGAUAUAUUUUAUGGAUAUAGUAAUGAAGGUGUCGAUUAUUAUUAUUAUGGAAUUAAUUCUGAGUCAUUAUGCCCACUAUGCAAGUUGGAUCAUGAGGAUGGGGAAGAUGUAGAAGGCAAUUACGGAACUGGAUCCUAUUAUAUCAAGUGUGAAGCAUCCGAAAUUGAUAUGAUCCAGUACAUUGGCCGUGCCAGCUCUGCUGAUGCUGAAAUAAUUU